CAGUAACAUCUUUUUCUUUCAUUUCCCAGUUUCUCCCUCGACCUCUCUGUGACCCUCAUUCUUUGAUUGUCUCCGCGUUCAUGUGCCUAUGAAAGCCUGCGGGUAACUCCGUCUAUGAUGAGUUUCGGGUUUGGCGUUGGCGAUUUUAUCGCUGUCACAGACAAGUUGAGACACUGUCACGACAGAUUUUCUGAGGCGCCAGAGCUAUUUGUCUCAUUAGUCCAGAACGUGGAGAUCAUCGAACCACUUCUCGAGGAAGCCUGCCACCCGCAGCAGCAUCUUAAUGACAAGGAGCAACAAAUUCUGGGGGAGAUCAUCGAAGGUUCCUACACGGACCUCAAGAGAUUGAAACAGAUCUUGGACGAUUGCAAGGAACUCAACAAGCCUCUCGAAAAGAGAAGAUGGGACAAGCUGAAGCUUUUGCAGUACCUUCAGCGAUUACAGCUCGACCCAAAAGUGAUCAACGGCAUUCAAUCAAGCCUCUCCGUCAAAAUUGCACUCCUGAAUACCCUCAAGAACGCAUCAGAUAGUCGAGCCACCCAAAGCACAAAGCAAGUGGUGGUUUUGAUGCACCAUGAGCAAGUCAGCAAACGUCAACAAGAAAUUCUGGAGUGGCUGACGCCAUCCAACUAUUCAUCACAGCAACGAGAUUACUUCUCCAAAAGGCAUCCUGAAACAGCAUCCUGGCUACUAGAGUCCAAGGAAUUCGAAUGGGCAUCAAACAAAGGCCACACCCUGCUGUGCCGUGGUAUGCCAGGAGCCGGCAAGACCAUCAUGACUUCCGUCGUCACAGACCAUUUGAUACACCGAUUCCGCGAUGAACCGAGGGUCGGGAUAGCCUACAUUUAUUGUAAUUACAAGGACACUGAACGCCAAACUUGCCACGAUCUCUUAUCCAGUCUGGCGAAGCAACUAGCGCAAUCCUGCUCCCCUUUCCCUCGAAGUCUUGAGACGCUCUACGACACACACCAGAGGCUCAAAACCUUAAGAUCUACUCAGGAGACCAUUGAUCUGCUCCAGACUAUAUCUUCUUGCUAUGAAAGAGUGUUCAUUGUCGUUGACGCUUUGGAUGAGUGUGAUAGAAACGCUCGACAAGAAUUUCUUCAAGAGAUCCUGCGGCUACAACAAAGAUACCAAAUCAAUAUUUUUGCAACCACCAGAAAUAUUCCAGAGAUCCUUCAGCUAAAGGAACUAAAAGAUUUUAUCCCUCUAGAAAUUAGAGCCAGUGAGGAUGACGUACUCAAAUACGUUUCAGGCCGAAUAGCCUCUAUGCAGAGCUUUGUCCGUGGCAACCUCGAUCUACAGAAUGAAAUCAAAGGCAUCAUCGCGAGAAAAGUGAACGGCAUGUUCUUGUUGGCAAGACUCCUGAUAGAUGCUUGGUCCAAUAAGCUGAACCCAAAGGAGCUCAAGAAGGCACUCAAAGCCUUUGGGGCAACCGAUGGGAAGGGAAACGUCUACUCAAUUGUAUACGACGAGGCCAUGAAACGUAUCGAGUCUCAGUCCUCUGAGCGUAUCGAGCUUGCGCUAAACAUUCUCUCUUGGAUUACUGGCGCAAGGAGACCUCUAAAAGUCGUAGAGCUGCAGCAUGCCCUUGCCAUCGAAGAAGACGAGGCAGAAAUAGACCAAGACAACAUCACGCCAGCCGAAACUAUGAUUUCGGUAUGUGCCGGACUGAUCACGGUCAGUGAAAAAAGUGGCGUGGUGCGACUUGUGCACCAGACAACACAAGAGUAUUUCGAAGAGAAAAGGCAUCAAUUCUUCCCUGAACUUGAGUCGCAGAUAGCGAAGACAUGCGUUGGCUAUCUCUCUUUCGAGAAUGUCUACUAUGACGACAGUAAGUCUUUUGGUCCGUCCGGUUGGUAUUUGGAUCGGAUGGAACCCGAGCCGGCUUCGUUCUUCGACUAUGCAGCCAUACACUGGGGAGAUCACGCUCGGGCAUGCUCCACCAUGCCUCCAGAAGUUGUGAGAUUUCUGCGAAAUCAAGUCAUGCGUGACAGAUCACUUUCAGUUCUCUGUAAGUUACGUGAGGCUCCGCGCGUCCCUCUUACGCCAGCACAUGUCGCAGCGUACCUUGGAAUAAUCCAACUAUUUGAGACAAACAGCCUUCAAGAAGAUGAAGGAGACUUGGCCGAUAACAGUGACAAUACAAGCCUAUGGUGGGCUGCGUUUGGGAAUCAGACAGACGUAGUAAAACUUUUGCUCGACGGCGACGUCGUUCAGAGCGCAGCACUCCCUCGGCCUUUGCAUGGCAGAAUCUCAUCCCGCACUGUUCGACUAUCUAUACGAGCGGCGCUAGAAGAGACACACAGCGCAACUCUUGAGGCGCUCGUUGACUUCUACGCCAAGAGAAGAUUCGACAGUGAACUUAAGCCGGAUGAUCACGCGUUGAUUUUCCGAAACCCUUGGUCUACUCACAACGUGUUCCAGAGAUCAGAGCCAAUAAGAACCAGGGAGGCUGUUUUUGUGCCCAAAAGUCCACCUCGACAACCCUUCUUGACCGAGCCCGGUUGGAGGGCAGUCCUUCAUAUCAUAGCCUCGGGUCUGGAUGAAAGGAGCCGACUCGGAUGGAUACCGCGGCUGUUCGAACUGCUGGCAGACUGUUUGAAGCAUACGGGACAAUUACCUCAUGUCUUGGGAGAGUAUCCUAACCUGACAGAGAUCUCAUCGUAUGACACGGGGUUCGCGGAAGCUCUAGGACUACUUCUGAGCAUGAAGGCACCUGUCAAUGCGCGUGAUCCUAUGGGAAGGACUCCUCUCGCACAAGCUGUCUUCUUGGGAUUGAACUUAACAGUCUGGAAUCUUCUAGGCCUUGGGGCUUCGGUCGAUAUCAGGGAUGAAUACGGAGAGACUCCCGUAUCAUUGGCCGUCAAGACGAACAAUUGGGUGGCGCUUUCAAGUCUCAUGAAGCAUGGGGCGACCAUUGAAGUUCAGGACUAUGACUUGAAUAAGCGAAAUUCAGACGGCCGAAGUCCCGUAUCAAUGCUCGCACAGAUAGGAGAUGCUUCACUUCUUCGACUCUUCGUGGAGAAAGGAGCGGACGUCAGAGCUCAAGACUCGAAUGGUCGAACGCCCAUGUACUGGGCCAUCGUCAAUGGCAACAUCCCGACACUUGAAGUCUUCUUAGAGAUGGACAUCGACAUAGAAUAUCGAGCGUCUAAUGAAAGGCGAAACCCACUAUCAUGGGCUGCGAGUCAUUCAAAUCUGCAAGCUGUGCAGCUUCUUAUCGCGAGGGGUUCCGAGAUUGAUGCGCCUGAUGACAAUGGCAGGACGCCGCUGGAUUGCGCUUGCGCAGCCUUGUGCAGCUCAGAUAGAAGAAGUAUCAUUGAGACGCUUCUGGCGCACGGCGCCAACACGGGUGCUGGCCACAGCAACCUCGUGUGGGUCCACGCUCAGGUUAGCUUCGACUUGGAAGUGGUCCAUCUAUUCCAACAAUACGGAUUCGACAUGGGCUCAAAGGACGCAAAGGGCCGGACCUUGCUACAUUACGCCGCCAAAUCAGGGCAGUUGCAGGACUUGGAGAUGCUUCUUGAGUCAACUGAUCUCGAUUUGAAUCUGAAGGACGACGACGGCAGAACGGCCUUGUGGCACGCAAUGGACCGUGGCUCAUCAUGGAAGCGCAGACAGGUUACGCAACUCAUAUUGGAUUAUCCUGGAGCUGACAAGAACUGCAGCAAUAGUCAACAAGCGUUGCAGGACGCUAUCGAGGUUGGCGAUGGACGCUUUGCAAGGCUUCUGAUUGCUCGAAAGGUCGUGGACGUCAAUGGGGUAUUCAAUGGGGAAGUCCCAAUGAUGACCGCGGCCAGAAAGGGGGAUCUGUGGACGUUUAUGUUACUCAAAGAGCAUGGCGCUGUCUGGGGACACAAUGAAUGUAGCAACGUAGAGAUUCUGUCGAAGACUUCCUGGAGAUUCUUCAGAAACACAGAGACCUGGUCCUACCACCAAGGCCAGCUGCUGUGA